CACUCUUUUGUCAAGCAAGCAAGCAAGCAAGCCAGCCAGCCAGCCAGCCAGCCAGCCAGCCAGCUCUGACAGAUGGCCCUGCUUACUUGGUACUUUUGGCUGGCCGACCUACCUCGGUGCCGCAGCCACCACGCAAGUCAGCUCACUCCGCGCUUUUCAUCACAUGGACGAAGCGGGGUCGAGAAUAUAAUAAGAAUGACAACAAGGGACGAAGGCAGAGCAGAAGAAACGAUUGCUGCCUGGCCGACAUAUGCUGAUAUGGCCUCAACUCGGGUCUUUAUCUGAUGUCAACUGCUCUGGUAUCCGUAUCUUCAAUCCCCGAGUGUGAUUGGACCAGCGGGAAUGAUGAUUUAGUGGUUGACUUGGGUGUCAUAAGUCUUAAAAUACUAUACAGACUUUGUCAAUAAACAAUACAUGCGC